GCUCAUGCGCACUGGCCGUUGAGGGCUGACGGUGCUGCCAACGGCUCUCCUGGCGUCUCAACGUUUCAGUCCGCAGCUUUUUCCCCAUUCACUCCCUCCACUUCUCGAGUGAACAGCCAUGAGUUGGACCUUGCCUGUGGUGCGGGCCACCCGGAGAGUGAGCUCGGCGGGGAUGGAUUUCCUGUGCCUGGGGAUGGCCCCGUUUCCCCGUCAGGGCACCCGGCUCUUCACCCCCACGAGCAAGAUGGCGACUGUGAAGAGUGAGCUGAUGGAGAGCUUCACUUCCGGGAAGCUCGUUCCUCACAGUAAGGUCUCCAUCAUAGGUGCCGGGUCGGUGGGCAUGGCCUGCGCCAUCAGCAUCUUACUAAAAGGCUUGACUGAUGAACUUGCCCUUGUGGAUCUCAAUGAAGGGAAACUGAAGGGGGAGACCAUGGACCUUCAACACGGCAGCCCUUUCCUGAAAAUGCCAAAUAUUGUCUGUAGCAGAGAUUACCGUGUCACAGCAAACUCCAGCCUAGUGAUUAUCACAGCAGGUGCACGCCAGGUAAAGGGAGAGACGCGCCUUAAUUUAGUCCAGCGAAACGUGGCCAUCUUCAAGUCAAUGAUUUCCAGCAUUGCCCAGUACAGCCCCCUCUGCAAACUGAUUGUUGUUUCCAAUCCAGUGGAUAUCCUGACUUACGUAGCCUGGAGACUGAGCGCAUUUCCCAAAAAUCGUGUUAUUGGAAGCGGCUGUAAUCUGGAUACCGCUCGUUUUCGUUUCUUGAUCGGACAGAAGCUUGGUAUCCACUCUGAGAGCUGCCACGGAUGGAUCCUCGGAGAGCAUGGGGACUCAAGUGUUCCUGUGUGGAGUGGAGUGAACAUUGCUGGCGUCCCUCUGAAGGAUCUGAACCCUGACAUAGGAACUGAUAAAGAUCCUGAGCAAUGGAAAAAUGUCCACAAAGAAGUGAUUGCUAGUGCCUAUGAGAUUAUUAAAAUGAAAGGUUAUACUUCUUGGGCUAUUGGCCUAUCUGUAGCUGAUUUAACGGAAAGUAUUUUGAAGAAUCUCAGGAGAACACAUCCAGUUUCCACCAUAAUUAAGGGCCUCUAUGGAAUAGAUGAAGAAGUGUUCCUCAGUAUUCCUUGUAUCCUGGGAGAGAACGGUAUUACCAACCGAAUAAAGAUAAAGCUGACCCCUGAAGAGGAGGCCCACCUGAAGAAGAGCGCAAAAACACUUUGGGAAAUUCAGAAGGAGCUUAAGCUUUAAAGUUGUCUAAAACUACCAUUCUGACUGGGCGCUGUGGCUCACGCCUGUAAUCCCAGCUCUUAGGGAGGCAGAGGCGGGAGUACAGCUUGAGCCCAGGAGUUCAAGACCUGCCUGGUCAAUAUAGCAAGACCCCGUUCUCCACAAAAAGGAAGAAAACAAAAAGACAAAAAAAAAAAAAAAGAAAAAAGGCAUAAAACUACCAUUCCGAUAUUGUUGAAGAGAUCAUAGAUACAGGCUAUUUUUAUCAAAAUUUUGAAAAAAACUUGAAUUCUUAAAAGAUGGAAAGAGGAAAGUGGGUAGAGUGACUUUCCUAUUUAUUCCGUCCUCCAGCUCUUUUAUUUAGCAUCCAGGUGCUGGACAAUCCUUAUUUACAAUUCCUAAAGAAAGUGUUUCUGGUACCCCUGAUGUAGCAGCACUUGGCUUGUUUUAUAUAUAUGUAGUUGGCAUUUGGUUCCCAAAAGUAGGACAUAGGUGUUUGUGUUUUAGAAAUUCUGCUUCUUUUCAUUAGAUGUAUGUUAGUUCUUUCAUUCUUGCUGGCUUAUACCUACGUUCAUUUAUAUGCUGUAAAAAAAAGUAGUACCCUCCUCUACAACGUAAAAAGUAUGUACAUGAAAAAACACGUAUUAGUACAUACAGUCUUUUGUUUUGCCUCCCUUGAUAGUUGGUAAGUCCUGUUUGUUGAAUGACUAAUACAGCAAGGCAUAUCAUUUGCUUCAUGAGAAAACAGAUCACAGACCCAAAGGCUUAAAACAGACAGACAUUAAAAUGGACAUUGGCCAUACCUU